AUGUUGAUAGCUGCAAUCCAAGAAACAAAGUCGCACAGUUCCUAUUUUUGCUACGACAAUCCCGGCGCUCUGCAAGAGGUCUUCAAGAAGGAACUAGAUCUUACCACCACGGAGUUCACACUCAUCUAUUCCAUUUAUUCAUGGCCAAAUGUUGUGCUCUGCUUCAUUGGCGGUUUCUUAAUCGAUCGCGUUUUCGGCAUACGUUUGGGCACAAUCAUUUACCUCUUCAUUUUACUAAUUGGUCAGUUGAUAUUCGCUUCUGGUGGACUUUUGGGUGCAUUCUGGGUUAUGAUUUUGGGUCGUUUCAUAUUCGGCAUCGGCGCUGAGUCAUUGGCGGUGGCGCAAAAUAAUUACGCUGUACUCUGGUUCAAGGGCAAGGAAUUGAAUAUGGUGUUUGGUUUGCAAUUGUCGGUGGCACGUUUUGGCAGCACUGUCAACUUUUGGGUAAUGCAGCCGAUAUAUGAUUAUGUUACGAAAUUUUAUGAGGGCCACAGAGCAAUCGGUGUGGUGUUGCUGCUAGCAGCGGGCACAUGUGUGUUGUCGCUAUUGUGCGCUUUGAUUUUGGGCUGGAUGGAUAAACGUGCGGAACGCAUUUUACAGCGCAACACUAAUCCUUCUGGUGAGAUUGCCAAACUGAGCGAUGUCACAACUUUUAAGGUCAGCUUUUGGAUGGUUUCCAUUAUUUGUGUGGCUUAUUAUGUGGCCAUAUUUCCAUUUAUUGCUUUGGGAAAAACUUUCUUCAUGCAUCGGUUCAACUUUCAACCGGAUCAAGCCAACAAUGUCAAUUCCAUUGUGUAUUUAAUUUCGGCUAUUGCUUCGCCACUUUUCGGCUUUAUUAUAGACAAGACUGGACGCAAUGUUAGCUGGGUAUUUUGCGCUACAUUCUCCACAAUUUGCGCACAUGCACUACUCGCAUUUACUCUGCUAAACCCAUACAUUGGUAUGGUAGUUAUGGGCUUGUCAUAUUCCAUGUUGGCCGCUAGCUUAUGGCCUUUAGUUGCUUUGAUCAUUCCUGAGUACCAACUGGGCACUGCCUAUGGCUUCUGCCAAUCUGUGCAAAAUCUUGGAUUGGCUGUAAUCACCAUUGUAGCUGGCAUGAUUGUCGAUCGCAGCGAUGGCAACUACAUAUGGGUUGAGCUAUUCUUUAUGGGCUGGCUUACUAUUGCUUUAAUUUCAACCUGUGUAAUUUGGGGCUACGACAAGAAGGUGAAAGGUAACCUGAAUAUGACGCCAGCACAACGUGUCCAAUAUGCUAGCGCAAUACGUGCAGCGAAUCCGGAUAACGGCGUUUACUCGAGCGAUCAGGAGCCACUACUGGAUGAAUAGAAAGCGCGCUAUCAGCAGCAGUAGCGCAGCGAGUAGUAGCGCCGUUAGUAUAGAGCGAGUGGCGGGAAAGAGGCACGGAGUACAGGUCAAACGUGAAAGGUGGAUGCUGUAAUUUGCAAUAGGCCAAACAAAAAAAACACUAAUCAUAACUGUAGUUAGCAGAAAAUAUUUCUAAGAUAUUGCAUGGAAAUUUGGCGAAUUUCGAUUUCGAUCAAUGGUACCCCACCAACUAACAAAAACAACCACAACAACUGGCGCAUAUCAUACAUAAUUAACCGAUUCACUAUAGCAUACAUACAUAACCAACAUUUGCACGCUUUCGCUAAGAAAUAUUUACGUUGCGUGGCACUUGGCAAAUGCAUACGUGCGUAGCGCUUUUGGUGAUUUCUUAUUUUAUUUUUAAACUGUUUUUAAAUUUGCAAGAAUAUCUAUUUUUACACAAACUUACUUUUGCUAUAAUACUAUUAUUAAACAUUUUACCAUAUAACACAUUUAUUUUGUAAGCAGAAAAAAAAACAAGCAGUUAAAUUUUAUACAAACAUACAUGUAUAGACAUUAUUGUGUGGAAAACUAAAUGGUUAAAAUCUUGUAGUUGUAUUUAAAUAGAAAACGCUUAGUUAUAGGUAAACGCUGUUGCAAUUUUCCAAAUAUUUUUAAGUUAUUUUUUUUAACUAUUUUUGUCAUUUUUGUAGCAAAUAUUUUUUAGGCAGCGAAAUUAUGUAACAACUUGUAAACAAAAUAUAUUAAAAUUUGGACAAAAACACAAAAAAAAAUAGCGACAAAUUCGUAAUGCUAAUUGUUAGUCAUACAUAAAUGUUUUAAAAUUAAUAGGAUAUAACAAAAAUUUAAAUAAAAUCACAAAUCUAUUGUAAUGUUAAUUACUGUAUAUUUGUCUAUUAACAAUUGAAACGCUUUAAAAUGUGUGUUUAUUGUUGAUAUUUAAAUGUAUAUGUAUGUGCAUAGAAAAAAAAACAACGCUAGAUGAUACUUAUUUACCAGCUAACGUAAAGGAAUAAAAAAAAAUCA